CUUCUCAGGGUAGUACUGCCGGCGGUAGUGGCCUGCGUGGAGCUCAACGAAACAGCAUGCUGUGGCCACUUUUGGUGCUAGGACUGGGCGGGCUGUGCGUCUCCGCGUGGCUGCAAUGGCGGUACAAACACCGAAGGCUGCUGAAGAUGGCCGAGGACUUCCCCGGGCCCCCGACCCUGCCUGGCCUUGGCAACGCUCUGCAAUUCAUGUGCCAGCCUGAACAAUUGAUUGUAGUAUUCAAAGAGCUGAUGGUGUAUGGAGACGUAUGCAAGUUCUGGCUGGGCCCAGACCUGAACUUUGUAGUCAGCAAUCCAGAUGACUUGAAAGUUCUUCUUAGCAACUCCAAAAACAGCACAAAAGGGCCUCAGUAUAAAUACAUGGCAGACGUGCUUGGAGGAGGUAUAUUGAGCGGUUCAGGUCCAGCCUGGAGAAAGCACCGCAAGAUAGCCAACCCCAACUACGGCAAGCGAGCGACCGAGAGCUACAGUGACGUGUUCAACAAGGAGGUGGACCUGUUGAUGGAGAAAUACCGGUCGCUGCAGAAUAAGCACAUCGACAUAUACCACUACAUCGUGAGGACCACCAGCUACUCUGUCUGCCAGACGCUCAUGGGCUUGAGUAAAGAGCAAACCAUGAAACUGCCGUAUAUUGAAGGAGUUAUAGACGAAACACCAAGAUUAUACGACAUAGUAUUCGAAAGGAUGACGAAAUGGUACCUCCAGAUCGACCCUGUGUUCUGGAUGAGCAAAUACUUCAAACAACAAAACCACUUUGUCGAUAUGAUAACAGAAUUUAGUAAACAGAUCAUCAAACACAGACUGGAACACCUGAAGACAAUAGGAGAGCACUACAAGACGGAUCUGAUGAACACCGAAGAGGAUUCUUUGAAGAAUACCCAAUUGAGUGUUAUUGAUAGGUUCUUACUUUCAGGAGAAUUGGAAGGGGAGGAGCUGUUGAAAGAAACUUUUACAAUAUUUACGUCGAGCCAAGAGGCAUCAGCUAAGAUAGCAUCGUUCAUACUCCUCAUGAUGGCGUAUCACCCACAUUUCCAGGAGAGACUGUACAAAGAAAUAAAGAGCGUGAUAGGCGACUCCGACAGGCCUGUCACUGAUGAAGACCUGAAGCAAAUGCCGUAUCUGGAGAUGGUGUUCAAGGAGGUGCUGCGGCUGUUCCCCAUAGGAGCCAUCUUACAGAGGAGCGUCACUGAAGAUAUUGUCAUAAAAUCGGGCACAAUACCAGCCGGCAGUUCGCUAACGAUCCCGAUCUACCACCUGCACCGGGACCCCCGGUUCUGGGAGAACCCCGAUGCCUUUGAUCCUGACAGGUUCAACCCGGAGAACACCAAGAAACGGCACCCUAACUGCUACAUACCCUUCAGCUUGGGACCUAUGGAUUGCCUGGGUCGGUACUUUGGGACGAAGUUGAUAAAGACUCUGUGCGUGAGAGUCCUGAGGGAGUUCGAAGUGACCACCUCUGAAACCUACGAAGACCUGCGAGUCAUAAUCGCGAUAUCGGUUGCCUCUGUCAAUGGGUUCUCUGCAGUGCUAAAGCCGAGAACAGCUAAAUAAAUUGUAA